AUGUCAAAGAAUUUUAGCGAAGAAGAACUUGAUAAUUUUCGUCAAUGUUUUCAGUUAUUUGCUCCACAAGGUUAUGUUGAUACAUCCGACAAGCUGUGUUUUAUCAUGCGAUCAUUAAAAAUGGCACCUACGCUCGUGGAAUUAAAGCGAUAUUUCAACAAAUAUAAAAAAGAUUCAAAUAUUGUCGAAUUUGAUGAUUUUUUAAAAAUCGUACUUGAACAUCGUUCAGUCGAGAAAUCAGCACAAGAAAUAUUACAAGCAUUUCAAGGUUAUGAUCAACAACGAUACGGUUAUAUCGAUUCAAAAGAAUUAAGACGGAUAUUAACACAAACCGGAGAAAAAUUAGCGGAUAGAGAUGUUGACCUUAUGCUACGUGAACUCAAUGUGGGUAACGACGGCCGAGUAUUUUACGAGAAUCUUGUUCAAAUGUUAAUGAAUCCGUUGCCAACUCGACGAUAA